AUGUCGGGACCCCCGGAGAGCUCCGGUGGAACGUCCCGUGGGACCCGCACAGGGCUCCAGCGGGAUCUCCAACUGCGCUGCGCUGGGACCCCCGCGGGGACGUCCCGGGGGCUCCGUGGGACCGCUCGUGGGACCACCGAGGGGCUCCAGGGGAACGUCUGGUGGGACCCGCGGGGGACCGCAGUGAGACACCCGGUGGGCUCCAGCGGGACCACGGGGGGCUGCACCACCCGGUGUCACCCGCAGCUGCACAACAAGGGCCCGGCCGCCGUCACCGGCGUCACCCUGCUCCUCCGCGUCCCCGUCACCGCGGGCGGCCGCGAGCUGCUGCGGCUCCGGGAGCCGGAGACCGAGGGCGAAGUCACCUGCGAGCAGCUGGAGGCGCCGGGACCCGCGGGUGCGGAGCAGCGCAACGGGACGGGAGCGCGGGAGCGCGGGGACGCGGGGGAUGCGGAGGAGAACGUCACCGUGGACUGCGCCAGUGCCCGGUGCUCCGAGGUGCGGUGCCGCGCUGCUCGCCUGGCGCAGGGGCAGCGGGUGCUGGUGUCCGUGCGCGCCCUGCUCGGGAUGGAUGCCCUGCGCCAGCAGGGUGACCGCUUCCAGCGCCUCUCCAUCCACUCGUGGGGUUCCUUCAACGUUUCUGCGAUGCCGUACCGCGUCCAGCCCCACACGCUGCCCCACGGCGCCGCCACGGCUGUCACCGAAGUGCUGCGCUCCCGUCCCGCCGCCGUCCCGGUGUGGUGGGUGGUGCUGGGGGUGCUGGCGGGGGUCCUCCUGCUCGCCCUCCUCGUCCUCCUGAUGGGGAAGCUGGGGUUCUUCAAGAGGACGCGGCCGCCGGCGGAGGGGGACACGGGGGAGGUGGCAGCGGGACAGGGCCCGGAGCCCGGGGACGGACGGGGGUAGGGGGGGGGACCUCGUCCCCAAAUCCCCGCCCCCACGUCCCCAACAUCUGGGGGCUCCCGGUGUCCCCCGAGUCCCACCCCAACGUCCUCCUUCCCUCUCCUAUGUCCCCAGCGCCCCACACCUGCCCCAAUGUCCCCACAGCCCCCCCAGUGUCCCCAUCCCUGCCCCAGUGUCCCCAUAGUCCC